CCUUCGUUUCCUUCCCUUCCCCUGGUGUUGCGGAUAACUCGAGAGACAGCGGAGGCCCAAUGGCGAUAAUGGCAGCGGCGGCGACGGCGGCGACGUGCUUCUUCUCACCCUCCGUCUCCUCCAGAAAGCAGCAGCAGCCCUUCUUCUCCCCAGCCAGGCGCAGCUCUCUCCGCCAUCACCCCCGUCGUCUCCGCGCCUUCCCAGGCACCGAAUUGACCCUCGAGGAGCUCAACCCAUCCGUCGACCUGCUCAGGAAAACCGCCGAGGCCGUCGGCGAUUUCAGGAAGACACCCAUCUACGUCGUCGGAACGGAUUGCGCGGCCAAGCGCAACAUCGCCAAGCUCCUCGCCAAUUGCAUCAUAUACCGGUACCUGUGCAGCGACGACCUGCUCGAGGAUGUUCUCGGCGGGAAGGAGGCGCUCGCGGCUUUCAAGGAAUCCGAUGAGAAAGGCUACCUCGAAGUCGAGACCGAAGGGUUGAAGCAGCUCACGUCCAUGGGCAGCCUUGUGCUUUGCUGUGGGGAUGGGGCCGUCAUGAACUCAACCAACCUAGGGCUACUGAGGCAUGGGGUCUCCAUCUGGAUCGAUGUGCCUCUCGAAUUAGCAGUGAAUGAUAUGUUGAAGAGCAUGGGGGCAAAAGCUACUUCAGACCCAGAUUCCUUUUCUCAGGCAAUGGGCAAGCUCCGUCAGCGGUAUGAUGAACUGAAAGAGCGCUAUGCAGUUUCUGAUGUUACUGUUUCAGUACAAAAUGUGGCUUCUCAACUAGGCUAUGGCAGCAUCGACUCUUUGAGCCUAGAGGACGUGGUCCUUGAUAUUGUGAAGAAGAUUGAGAAGCUGAUCCGAGCAAAGUCGAUGAUGGAAGCUGCUGGAAAGCCCUUCUAGCCUACUGGAGCAGAGGUGCAGGAUUCCACUCUUGUGCACAUAUAGUAUUCUUCAAUGAAAAGCCCCUUCCAUGAAGCCUAACUGGGGUAACUGGGUUUGGUGAACGACUCCACGAAGGACAAGCAUUUGAGAUCCAAGGAAUCAAAACCGAAGCGCUGUUUGAUUCUGAGGCAUGUUGUUGUAGAUGAAUCUAACAUGUUUCCACACAACGACAUUAGUAAACACCUCGUCGCGACAAGCUACUUAUUGAUGUGGCCAAUUGAAUUGUACAUGACCCAAACGGUUGUACAGCAAACAAGGGAUUUUGCAAGGAUACAAAAAUAAAGGAAGAUGAAACAUGAAUUUGAUUUGAAUUAA